CAAGGUCGCGCUGGCCGUGUGCGCCUUGACGCUCUCCAAGAUGGCGAGGCUGCCUGCCUAAAGCGGCUCGAUGCAGCAGCGAUGUACCUGCAUGCCCAAGAGGAUAUGCCACAUCCUCCCACUGUAGUCGACCAUGCAACGGCAGUUGCGGCAGUGACGUUGUCCAAGCGAGUCACUACACUGCGAGCAAGAGGCGCACUUGCUGCGAAGAUAGUGGAACACUUGAAGCAUGAAAGUCUGCAAAUUAGUGGAGAAGAGGCGGUCGAUGAGGACGACGAUGACGACGACUCAGAUGAAGAAGAAGACGAUGAACAACAUACUAGCACAUCAUCAACGAGGAGAAUACACUUGCGGUUCGAUCGAUUAUUGUCUUCGGAUGGACCAAAACCAAGACGCCAUCACGAUGAGGGGACGGACGAUGUAUGGAAAAAAAACCACGUGACUAGAUUUGUUCCAUUAUACAUGUUAAUUUCUCUCUCUUUCCUCAUCGAGAACAUGAAAUAGAAAUUAUUCAAUUCAUCUGCUCAUCUACAUGACUUUCUUUGAAUUGAGUAGUCUUAGUGUCGACUUCUCUUCGAGUAGUCCCUCUCUAAUUCUCUCGGCACUUUCUCCAACCACAUCUCCUCUUGCGCCUACACUGUCCCUCUGGGCAACGUGGUUACCCCCGUGGCAUCCGACAGAUAGUGAAAAAGCUCUUGCAUCGCUUCACGAGUUGCAGAAGGUGGAGUAUGAAGCCCAGAGACUUGCGAAAUCAGCCUUGCAUGAAGUCGCACUUCCACGUACCGCUAGAAUGCUGGGCGUCGCGCAAAGAGACCUCGUUCCUCUACUUCCUAUACUGGCACACAGUUACGGAGCGAAGUAAUUCAUCUUCACAAAGCAUUUGGCACAACAUAUGGCAUUACUCAUGUCUGUUCCCAUCGGUAACUAUGGUUCUACUCGAACCUAAGUCGUCCCUGCUGGUGCGGCCUGGCUGCGAGCAAGUGGACCCUCACCUUGAAUCUUCACAAAGCAUUUCUCGCAGGUUCCUACUAACUUAAUUGGAUCCUGAGACUAUACCAAUAUCGGUAUUGAAUGAACAAUUACUCUGUGAGCUCUAACAAAGACAGCGCAGUGAUCGAGCGCUCAAUCGCUUUGUGAAGGAACUGAGAGGCAUGGCGAGCGCCGAUGAGGAGAGCAGACAAGAACAGCUUCAACUAGUGCAGCGAGAACAAAAUAAUGCGCUUUCCCAACAGCUACAAAGAACUGACUCAUCCGCACGUCGUGCCAGAAUCACAGCCGAGCUAGCAGAUGUGCACAACAGCGAACACAUCUGGCAGAGACUACGUGAGAUUCGAAGUGGCGUAGAGGAUAUACUAGAAUUAGCUUCGCACGCAGCGCAACAAGCAGCAAAAAGGGAGAACGACUCUUUUUUCAAGCUGUUGCUGAUGGUGGAGGAGAAAUAUUUUCCUCACGAAGAUGAAGAAGAAACCACUGAAAGUUACUUGCAAAUGCAACGAGACCUCGCGUCGGACACAUUGGGGCUGGAGACUCCGCCGGGGUCGUCGGGUGCUGGCGCACAGAAAGGUCUUAGCGAAGUGAAAGCGGGAGCAGUCAAGCUACUGCGGCUGUUGAAAGUUAUGGCUUUUUUUUUGGAGAAUUAUAUAUUUAAUUGACAAUGGCAAUUCUAAUAGAUACUGUAGACAGAUCCUUGCGAACACAGCCAAAGGGUACAAAUGUUCCGAAUCACGAAUUAAUGUCCUUGUUUUUUAAAGACCUUUCUCUGAGUGGCCUCACAAGUAGAUAUCAAAUGCUACAUAAGAGGUUCCAUGACAUGACAUGAACGUCCUCUAAACCGCCUCUAAGACGGACAAAGACCAUAUCGCUGGAGCACCAGCUUUGCUCGUGCGCAACCUGAGAGCAGCCGUUUUAGCAGGUCGCGAAAUCCAUCGCCUACUAGCAGCCUGUGCGUCUGCCCAGCAGGGUCCUCCAGUUGCUCAUCCUGCGGAUUCGUCGCUGGCUGAGAUGGCCGCUUCUGGUUCCGUGGGAGAAGAUGCAACUGCUGGCUCAUCGUCCAGGAACGAAGAAGAUACUAACUACAACGAAGCACACAUCAACUUCUCUGAAACUACUGACAGAAGAGGUCUCCAUUUCUUCGAGGUGGUCACCAAUUUGCAGCACGUUUUCGGCUUGUCUACGAAGAUGAGAGACUCGCUAGAGCGCGUAGAGAAUGGUCUCGCCAACCCAGAAGCAAUGCAGCUGUCCUCGAACGUGCAAGCUCUGGAGGGUCUGGCUGCUAGAGCGUCUGUACCUGUCAAAUUAAGGGUGCUGCUCACAAGAAACACAAUCAAAAUCAUUCAUCCACUAGCUUCAUUGGAAACUAUUUCAGUCAUCUACUAGCUUCAUUGGAAACUAUUUCUUGUCAUUGUCUCGUCAGUUUUCUUCUCGGAUAUCACUGAGAAUACAGCUGUGUCUGUAAGGAAAGCUGAACUCUUAUUCGGUCUAAUGAAAGCUCAGCGUGAAGGCAUGCGAUCCGUGAUAGCGCAGCUGAGAUCCUAUGUAGCGAACACAAACGCGGAGAAAAGCGCAUUGAAGGAGCUGGAGAAAACGGCAGCGCAGUUGACGGCGCCAGAACCGUAUCGAGCAUUGCUUAUGAGAUUGGGUUGUUGUAGUCUAGUUUGAAACAUAUGUUUGAAUAUUAAGUCAUAUAAGUCAACGACAUGAUAGAAGUGGUUGCUUUAAAUGUUUAUCUAUAGACACAACAGUUCUUGUAAAAAAACGUGCAGUCUAAUUCCUGCGAACACUUACUCGACAACGACUUUCGACACAUGGUCGCUGACUGUUCCCACUGCGUAUUCGAUGUAGCGAAUAGGAGGUCGAUGCUUCUUGUAGGGAAGCCGCCACACGUGCGACAAAAGCCAAAGAAAAAGAUGACGAUUGAGGAUCUGCAGAGAAUGGCUAAGGGAGAACUGAAGCCUCAAGAGGUGGAAGGUGCUGACGCAAGUGCCUCAUCAGGUUUUGCCGAAGUAGAAGAUGGUAAGAAGGAGCAAGAACAGCUGAUCAGUGCUGCUUCUGCUGAAGGUGGAGACAACGACGAUAAGGAACAAGAGAACAAGGAGCAGGACAAGAAUGAAGCAUCUCCUGGCGAAGCGGACAAAGUUGCCAAGAAAGAGAAAGAAAAGAAAUUCCUAGCAUGGCCAACCUUGUGCCAUAAUCCUACUCUCGAACAAUUAGGACAGCUGGGGUUAGAAAACACAGUAUUCGUCUCGAACUCUUGGUGCUCGAUGCACUGUGCCGUGCAAUCGAAUUUGAGGAUAGCUGAUAAAGAGUAUUUCUUUUCGAGAUUACAGAGAUUGUGUUCGUAAUUUGUAGAAUUGUUGCUAAUUGGUAGUUGUACACUGCAUGCAAUCCGCAUCUUCGUAAUCGUGUUGUUAUUCAAUUUUCUUGACCCAUUCAUCAAGAUCAAAAACAAAAAUUGCAACUCGUACUUCAGCUUAGAUUCCCUUCCCCAACGAACCGCAGAUACGCCUACGGCCCGAAAGGCGAGCUUCCUUCACCGAAGAAUCUACGAGCUGCCCAAUCUGGUCAGUGUGUGGAACUUUCAUCGGUUUUUAGUGAGGAAAAAUGCCAGCGAUACUGUGAGUUGGACAAAGAACCGAAUCGGCUUGCAACAAGACCUGAUCCACGUCAGCCAACGCAGGCUGGUCGCUGUCGCCCACGCGGGUUUUUGUUGAAGUUAUGGUAGAGUGGUUCUCACGACCUCGUGAUCCUAGUACGGUUUAGUAUCGUAGUACUAUAGGAAGAGGACUCGUGUCAUACUCAACUGUAAUGUCGACGAUCCUACAACUAAAACCUCAAUGAUCCUUGUUCUUUCUGCUUCUAACAACAGAACCUCGGAUUUUCCAACAGCUUACGGGUGAGAUCUUCGGAGAGGAUGUGACUGUUCCCCUGCGUCUCUUUGACCGUCGCAUGCAAGUGUAUGCGGCGUGCAACCACUGUUACAUGCGCAAUCCCCUACUGUGCUAUCCAAGCAGGUGGUUCGAGUCGCACACAGUCCAACACAGCAUUCCAGCAAGCAGCAAGUUGCCGAUACAACAAUGGGAUGAACAACAAUAUCGGUGAUUUGCAUAUCGCUCUUAAUACGUGAGUACUAAGAUUAUAAACACUGUAUUAGUCACUUUCUGCAGAAAAAUAACAGCACAGGUCAUAACAGAGUGAAGAACAAGAGCCAGGCUCACAUUAUCCAG